UUAGAGACGAUAGAUUGGCGAGAGGACCUAAGACCUAACCUAAGAUUGACCAUAUACUCCACAAAAUAUCCCCCCUGGGGGUAUGUUCUGUGAUAUACUCGUCUUUAUCUAUGUUUUCAUUAUCACAAGCGUUUCAAUUAGUAAAUUUGUUUUUAAUAUGAGAAAUGAAUACGAUAAAACUGUUGAAUCGUCAUGUAGUCCAGAGUCAGGCGGAACAUUGAGUAGUGAGGACACGGAUAAUAUAUUGCCAACAAAUUUGCAUUCAGAGGAACUCCAGCUUGCAUUGAAUCAAGAAGCCACAGAACAUGAUCUGCUGGAAGCGAUUAACCGAUGCAAAGAGCUAAUUCUUGAAAAUACUGAAUGUUCAGCCGAAAGGAAGUGGAUUGUUAGACACUUAAUCGAGCUUAGAUUUCGACUACAGGAGCAUAAAGAAGCGAUGGAGGAUCCUAGGCAUCCACGAAAUAAGAGUAGCGGAGCUUCAAGUAGAUCAAUAAAAGGCCAUCAUUUGAAGUUGCAGUCCCUGUUGAAGAACGCCGGACAUCGAUACUGCGAUCAUUGUACAGGAACUAUUUGGAGUGUAGUUCAAGCAUGGUAUAUGUGUGAAGAUUGUGCCUAUGCCUGUCACUACAAAUGCCUGUCUUCAAUUGUGAGAGAAUGCGCUCAUGUAGUCGCAUGUGAAAAAGGACAAUACGAGUUUAAAAUAUGCCCUGAAGUGGGUUUGUCGGCGCAAAAGUACCUUUGUGCUGAGUGCAGAACACCCUUGGUUGUCCACAAUGUCUGGCCGGAUGCUAAGCGUUGCGAUUAUACGGGCCUCUACUAUUGCUCCGCCUGUCACUGGGAAAGCUCAGCAAUCAUUCCAGCCAGAGUUAUACACAAUUGGGACUUCGAACCACGUGCCGUGUCACAAGCCAGUCUGCAAAUUUUGCGAGUCACAGCGGAUCGACCUCUAAUUAACUUGGAACAGCUCAAUCCUAGGCUGUUCCACCGAAUCCAAGAGCUGAAUUUGGUCAAACGACUGCGCCAAGAGCUCCAGGGUAUCAGGAAAUAUUUAGUGGUUUGUAGAAAGGCUGUUGAUGAACAUUUGAUAUGGAAGUGUGACAGAGCGCAUUUGAUAGAGAAUGUCAACGUUUAUAGCCUACAGGACCUGGUUGAUACUCAUUCUGGAGACUUACCAUCUAAGCUGCAUGAUUUAGUUGAUGAGUAUUUGAGACACAUUAAAACUGAAUGUGAGAUCUGUCAGGGCAGAGGUCAUAUUUGCGAAAUUUGUAGAAACGAAGAGGUCUUAUUUCCAUUUGCUUCGAAUGCAUACGUUUGUGAAGUCUGUACUGCUGUUUCACAUAAAGUUUGCAUCGAAAGAAAAGAGAGAUGUCCUAGAUGUGUUCGCGCGGAAAAAAGAUUGCAGCAUUUUAGGGACCUUAACACCAACACACCUGAAGAUCAGCUGAACUCGUAACUUUUCUGGUUUCAUCAGUAGCUGAAAAGAGAUUGACUCGAUAGGAGUGACAAAAAUAUAUUUUAAGGGUUUCUACUUUCACUACAAUGUUGAUAUAAAAUGUAUAAAAAUUCCACUUUUUCACCCAA